UUUCUGUUAAAACGAGAGAAAAAGAAAAAGAAAAGAUGUUUGAAAAUUGCAGAAAAGGGAGGGAAAUAGAGUUGGAGUAGCAAUGGCGGCAAAAGCUAUGGGAGGAAGAAGAAAAACCCCAAAACAGGUAAUCUUCUCAUUUGGAUUUCCCCCAUCUUCACAUUCUCCUAAGAAUACCGUUGCCGCGAACCAAAAUCUAUUCCAUCAAGGCUCUUCUCUUUCUUCAAUUAAAAAUCUAUGAAGAUGCUCUUCUUCCCAUUUCAUUUUCCAUUUUAUAUAUAUGAAUCUACGCCGUCUCAUAUGGAAGAAUAUCCGAGUUUUCCUGUUUUUUCGACGUAUUUUCUGGGAAAAGCAGGAAUCCUUUUCUCUUUCAUCUCUGUUGCAAGAGGCAAAUGCCACGCUUGCUUCAUGGGACGCUGCAUGCCGAUAUAUAUGAAAUCGACAGGCUUCAAACUGGAUUUCCUGUUUUCUGCGGGAAGGACAAAAGGUCGACCAAAAAGUUUCUUGCUGGAGUGAAGAGAUGCAUCCUUUGUCGUCCUGAGAUUGUUGGAUCUCGAAUGUAUGCAACAGUCGAUCUUGAUAAGGCCAGAGUUGGUCGAACGAGAAUAGUGGAUCAGCCAUACAAUCCUCAUUGGAAUGAUCAUUUUCGUAUAUAUUGUGCUCAUACAGUGUCACAUAUUAUAUUCACAGUUAAAGAUGGAGAUUUCAUUGGUGCAACAUUAAUUGGAAGAGCUUAUGUGCCUGUUGAGGAAAUCAUCAAGGGAUUUGUAUAUGAGAAAUGGGUUGACAUAUUAGAUGAAGACGGUAAGCCUUUAUAUGGUCGUUCUAGAAUCCAUGUAAAGUUGCAAUUUUCAAGUGUUAAUGAAGACAGGAAUUGGUCCCGAGGAAUCUUGGAUCCGAAUUUUGAAGGUGUACCUUUCACAUUCUUCAAACAAAGAUGGGGUUGUAAAGUUUCUCUUUACCAGGAUGCCCAUGUUUUAAACAACUUCCUUCCUCGGGUUGGUUUGUCAGGAGGGAAUUUUCAUGAAGUACACAGGUGUUGGGAGGACAUUUUUGAUGCAAUUAGCAACGCGAGACACUUGAUUUACAUAACUGGUUGGUCUGUGUAUACAGAAAUAACUUUGAUCAGAGACCGAGAAAGAAGACAAACAGGAGAUGAUAUUACUCUGGGACAACUGCUAAAGAAGAAGGCAGAAGAAGGUGUGACCGUUUUGCUUCUUGUUUGGGAUGACAGGACUUCCAUUGAAGUGUUCAAAAGAGAUGGUUUGAUGGCAACUCACGAUCAAGAAACUGCAGAAUACUUCAGGAACUCGAAGGUACGUUGCGUUCUAUGUCCACGGAGACCUGAUGUAGGCAGAAGUACGAUUCAGGGGUUUGAGACUGAUACCAUGUUUACUCACCACCAAAAAACAGUUGUGCUUGAUAGUGAAAUAGUUGGUGGAGGAACAGAAAAAAGAAGGAUCAUCAGUUUUGUUGGUGGCAUUGAUCUGUGUGAUGGGAGAUACGAUACACCGCAGCACCCUUUGUUUUCAACUCUAGAUUCAAUCCACUAUAACGAUUUCCACCAGCCGAACUUUUCAGGCUCUUCAAUUAGGAAAGGUGGUCCUCGAGAACCAUGGCAUGACAUCCAUUGCCGCCUAGAAGGGCCUGUUGCUUGGGAUAUUUUGUACAAUUUUGAGCAAAGAUGGAGAAAGCAAGUUGGAAACAACUCGUUGAUUCCAAUGCAAAAGCUCGAAGAAAUCAUUACCCGCCCAGUAAUGGUUUUACCAGCAGACGACCCUGACACGUGGAGUGUUCAAAUAUUUCGGUCUAUUGAUGGUGGUGCUGUAGAUGGUUUUCCAGAUACACCCGAAGUUGCAUCCAAAAUGAACCUUGUAACUGGAAAGAAUAAUGUUAUAGAUAGGAGUAUUCAAGAUGCUUAUAUUAAUGCUAUUCGCCGAGCAAAAAAGUUUAUAUACAUUGAGAAUCAAUAUUUCCUUGGAAGUUCUUAUGGUUGGAAAGCAGCUGGUAUAAGGGUAGAAGAAAUCAAUGCUUUGCAUACUAUUCCCAAGGAGAUAUCACUGAAGAUUGUAAGCAAGAUUGAAGCCGGAGAGAGAUUUACAGCAUAUGUUGUGAUUCCAAUGUGGCCAGAAGGUAUUCCAGAGAGUGCUUCAGUUCAAGCUAUAUUAGAUUGGCAAAGGAGAACAUUAGACAUGAUGUACACAGAUAUAGCUCAAGCCCUUCGGAAGAAGGGUCUUGAUGCAAAUCCUAGAGAUUACCUGACAUUCUUCUGCCUUGGCAAUCGAGAGAAGAAGAGAACUGGAGAAUAUAUACCACCAGAGAAACCAGAGCCCAAUUCGGAUUAUGCUCGGGCUCAAGAGCACCGACGUUUUAUGAUCUAUGUUCACUCCAAAAUGAUGAUAGUUGACGAUGAGUACAUAAUUAUUGGAUCUGCCAACAUCAACCAAAGAUCAAUGGAUGGAGGAAGAGAUUCUGAGAUUGCAAUGGGGGCUUUUCAACCUCGUCACUUGGCAUCCAGUGAGCCAGCGAGAGGUCAAAUCUACGGCUUCAGAGUGGCUCUAUGGUACGAGCAUCUUGGUCUGUUUGACAAAGUCUUCCAUAACCCAGAGAGUGAAGACUGCAUCCAAUUCGUAAACAAGCUCGCUCAAGAGAACUGGCAAUUUUACUCGGACGAUACCUACGAUGGCGAUCUUCCUGGCCAUUUGCUUUCCUAUCCCAUCCAAGUAGGCCCCAACGGAUCGGUUUCGGCGCUGCCAAAGUUUGAAUUUUUCCCUGACACGAAGGCUCGUGUUCUUGGCCAACUAUCCGAGUAUCUACCCCCAAUCCUCACCACUUGACGACAUGUCGUGAUUUAAUCAUCUCGUCGUACCUAGGAUUGAUUGGUCAAAAGAUGUAAAUAUGUUGUGUCGGUAAAGAUUUGAUCUUUUGAUGACUUGAUUGAUGUUAAAUUGUUUCAUUAUUCUCAGAACAAAAAGGGAAAGUAAGAAAUUGGAAAAAUGCAUACAUACAGAAGAGAAAUGGGUCAUUAUAAGAAAAAAGAAUAACUUUUAUAAACUUCAAAUAUUGGAAUAUAUUCUCAACUUUGACCUGCGUUUUACUCCUUUACCCUUCUUUUGUUUUUUGUUUUUUGUUUUUUGUUUUGUGGUUUUUGUUUUUGUUUUUGUUUUUUUUGCUUUUCCCUCUUACCAUUGCUGAAGAACAUACCAGAUUAGAAAAUGGACAAUGAAUUGACUCUGUUUUCCACUUGGUAAGGAGCCAUCCUUAUUCAAUGGGUUAUUUAUUUCGACCCUUCUAAAAUAAUCUUCGACUGUGGACAUUAUUCGAAGGCUUCUCCCUUUCACGGAAAACACAAUCAAGUGAGGUUUGGGGAGUUUACAUGAUUUUUAACGUCGAACUUUAAGCCUCUCCCCACCAGGAUUUAGUGCUCUUCUUCGGACAAUUUUGCUUGGAGACGCGUUAAUGCAUUAUCCAGGAAUAUUUGGCUUGUGCUUUAACAGAUUAUAACAGAUGAG